AUGUUUGUUUCUUUGCUAAGCGUUAGGUUUACUAAGCUUGAACAGCGUUCCAAAGAAGAAAUAUGUAAUAGAUAUAUGACAGACGUCUCAAGCACAAAAUAUUCUCCUUGGUCAGCAUCACCAUAUCCAAAUCAAUACUAUAGCUGUAAUUUAAAACCUUAUGAUAAAGUCACAGAUGAUAGUAUAGGAUUGAAAGAAUUUAAUUACAUGAGAUGGCUUGUUGGAAUUGAUAGUGAAAGUUUUAUUAGGUAUUAUCCUGAUGAUGAAGCUGAAAAUUUAACAAGACAUUGCGCAGUAUAUACUGUUGAAAAUCUACAUUCAAGUAAAAGGCCAAAUUAUGGUGAUGCAUGUUACUCGGCGGAUGCAGGAAGUGGUUGUAUGGCAGCAAUGCGAACAAUACUUUAUGGAAGUGGAAAUUAUGAUUAUUCAAAUGCAAUUCAAUCAUUUAUUCGCUCAAAUGAUGGAAGUGAUCCUAAUGCCGUAGAAAAUAGAAGGUGGGCCUUAUCUUAUUUAGUACUAGGCCCAAAUUUUGCUGCAGCAAGGCAAGAACGUCACACAGCAUUUGCUAUGAGAAUUAUUUAUAUUAGUCGUGGAUCUGAUCCACAUCUUCCAUUUACAACAUAUCCUCCACCUGGAUAUUUCCCUGCAAGGUUUAUAUAUACAAAAUGGAGCUUCUGGGCACCAGGAAUUCCUGAUAAUGCAGACUUAUCAAUAACUGUCAAAAUUGAUAAUGAAUUACAAUCGAUUAAUGGCUAUACAAACUUGCGAACAAAUCUGUAUUUAAUUCAUGCUGGUGUAUGUUUUAAAGUUGGUAAUUAUACAGAAAAUCAGUAUCAAACAUUAGUUGGAAAACGUAUUGAUGUAACCAUCACUUACCAAGAAAAAAUAUUUGAAUAUACGAUUUAUCCAAUAGAUUGUAACUCAGAACUAAAUAUUGCAACAAUGUCUCUUAUUCCUCCUCCUACACAAACCCCAGCAAGGACUCCAUCAAUGUCACCAUCACCAUCAAGAUCCCCUACACCAUCUCCUUUACCAACUCCUGCAGUUUCACCUGUCAGAACACCAAUACCAACACCUGAGAUUUCCCCAGAAGAAACACCAAUUGAAACACCAUCACCUUCUCCAUCACAAUCAACAACAAAAACAAUCUCACCAACAAUGUCUGAUUAUCCAACAUAUGAUAGACAAGAAACAGAUAAUCUUCAAUCAGGAAACAGUAAAAGGCGAGCAGUAAAAAUCGGUGUUGGUGUCAGUGUUGGAAUAAUUUUACUGAUCGGUGUUAUUGUAGGUGCCAUUUUUAUCAGCAAGACUAUACUCAAGCGCAGAUCAGAUCCAGAGAGAAGUGAAACACAGCUGAUGGUGCUCGUUUAA